GAGCUAGGAAGUUGGGAACUCAGAAAGGAGGCCACUGUGACAUUCCUUGUGGGAGAGGGUGGAGGCAAGGCCAGUAUGGUGGCAGCUGACGUGACUGGUACGGGUCGGACUCUAUGCACUUUGAAGCUGGAAGGCGUGGUUGCACCCUGUGGCUGUCGGUUCGCCGUCCAAGCUGAGGCCUGGGGCCGCGUCGCUUGUCACCACUAGAUGGCGCGUCACGCCCGGGCACAAACUCACCCCUGGCUCUGUCUACCCUAAAGCAUUCCUUUCACUUUCGGUCUUUGGCUGUCACCCAGCUCAGUCGUUCCACACCCAGCUGGGGCAAGCCUGACCCUGCCAUAGGCAUGAGGGGUCCCUGGCAGAGAUGACAGUGCUGGCGCCAGCCUGGAGCCCAAAUUCCUCCCUGCUGCUGCUGCUGCUGCUGCUGAGCCCUUGCCUGCGGGGGACACCUGACUGUUACUUCAGCCACAGUCCCAUCUCUACUGAUUUCCCCAAGAAGAUCAACAAGUUGACUGACCACCUGCUUAAGGAUUACCCAGUCACUGUGGCCAUCAACCUCCAGGACGAGAAACACUGCAAGGCCCUGUGGAGUCUCUUCCUGGCCCAGCGCUGGAUGGAGCAGCUGAAGACCGUGGCAGGCUCUGAAAUGCAAAACUUGCUGGAGGCUGUCAACACGGAGAUAUAUUUUGUCACUUCGUGUGCCUUCCAGCCCCUCCCAAAAUGUCUUCGAUUCGUCCAGACCAACAUCUCCCACCUCCUGCAGGACACCUGCACGCAGCUGUUCGCUCUCAAGCCCUGUAUGGGGAAGGCCUGCCAGAAUUUCUCUCGGUGCCUGGAGGUGCAGUGCCAGCCGGAAUCCUCCACCCUGCUGCCCCCCAGGAGUCCUGUAGCCCUAGAAGCCACCAAGCAUCCAGUGCCUCAGCACAGCCAGCUGUUGCCCCUGCUGUUGCUGCCUGUCACCCUUGUGCUGCUGGCCGCUGCCUGGGGCCUUCGCUGGCAGAGGGCAAGAAGGAGGGCGGCGCUCCGUCCCAGGGUGAGCCCAGCCUCCGGGCCAGUUGGAUGGAGCGGGUGGCAAGGGAAGAGGGUGGCGGGUGGCCUUGCAAGUGUGCUGAGGCUGAUCUUGUGGGGGCCUCAGGUGCCCCUCACCUCCCAUCCCUAGGAGGUGACACUUCUGCGUCGUUGACUCAGCCAGGCUUCUAUCUCGGUGAGUCCUCUACUUACACUGGACUGGCCAGGGUGAGG